CAAACGGGGUGUCCUAAGGCACAGGGAUGUUAAUGGACCACUUUACCUUUAACGGCCCCUUAGAAUAUGUGCUGUUUAGCAUAAUGACAGGUUUCAGAGGGGUAGCCGUGUGAGUCUGUAUCAGCAAAAACAAUGAGGAGUCCUUGUGGCACCUUAGAGACUAACACAUUUAUUUGGGCAUAAGCUUUCGUGGGCUAAAACCCACUUCAUCAGAUGCAUGAAGUGAAAAAAUAGAGUAAGAAGAAUAUAUAUUAUAGCAUAUGAAAAGAUGGGAGUUUCCUUACGAAGUGGGGGGUCAGUGCUAAUGAGCCAAUUCAAUUAAGGUGGAAGUGGCCGAUUCUCAACAGUUUACAAGAAGGGGUGAAUACCAAGGGAGGUAAAAUUACUUUUAUAGUGCUAAUGAGGCCAAUGCAAUUAAGAUGGCCCAUUUCCAGCAGUCGACCAGAAGGUGUUUUUGAAAUGGAGGAAACUGGAGCGAUAGAUUUUUGUGCUUUGGAGAGAGAACUGCAGGCUGCUGUUGCUGCUGAUGAAAAGUAUCAAAGAGAAAACGAUGCCAAGUUCCGAGCCGUUCACCAGAAGGUGGCAUCCUAUGAAGAAUUCAGGGAUAUUGUGCUAGCAUCACACCUGAAACCUCUAGAGAAAAAGGACAAAAUGGGAAAAAAGAAAAACCUUCUUUGGAAUUCCUAUGCUACCCAAGCUAAUGGCAAGCAGGACAGAGAGAUGGAGCUAGCCCAGGGAUGGGAUGGACUCCCUGAAACGUCUGCAGACUUUUACAGAUAUUGGCGCAGAUGCUUGAAAAGUGGACAGGAAAGAUACCAGUUCCUGUUUCAGCUCGGCGUGACAAGAGGAUCAGUAAGGAUCUUGAGAUGGUUUGAUGCCGUUCCAUCACACUGCUUGAUUGAGGAUCUAGACUGGCUAAUGGAGAUGAGGCUGGUUGGAAUUGCCAUUCUCCUUGGGAUGGCAGAUGUUCUCCAUGCCUUUGCAAUCAUGGAGAAGGAAGAUGUAUUCAAGAAAACACCCUGCCCAGCCUUCCUGAUGUUUGACAAUGCUGCCUACUUGGCUGACAUGAGUUUUGAGCUCCCUUGUAAGUGCAAGCCAGAGGAAGUCACCUCAGUCGUGUGGUACUUCCAGAAGAGCAUGGGCAGCCGGCAGACCAAGGUCUUAACAGACUUCGAUGGAACCAUGUUCUUGGACUCAGGCCACAUCCGUGUGGGCAGCCACAUGCUGAAGCGCUUCAGCAUUAGGAUGUUCAGUCUCAUCAUCUUCCGGGCCCAGGUGGAGGAUUCAGGCCACUAUCUCUGUGGUACCAAGGAAGGGGACUUCUUCUAUGGCUAUGAUGUGGAUGUGCAGUCCUCCAAGGCCAUCACUGUGGCCUUUGAGGACAGGAACCAGCACCCACAGAAGGAUCAUACAGAAGAGCAUUUCAGCGUGUUCACCACCUUCUGGGACUGGACCAAGUGUGACCGCUGUGGAGUGAGAGGUGAGCAAUGGAGAAUUGGUCUCUGCUACGUGAAAAGCGCCUACCUCUACCCCAGGUACCGCACAGUCCCGACAGACGUGGUGUCCUGUGGCUCAAGAUCUGUCCCUAGGCGCUUCCAGGGCACCAUCCGGCUCAGGAAGCCUGAGGUUGUCAUCCGAAGCUGCCUGACGCCUUGUGUAAAGAGAAAGGGCCCCGAGGAAGGAGUGCUGUCCAUCUCCAAUCUCAUUGCAAAGGUUGGCCAGAAACCCUGGCUGCCCAAAGUCCCCAUUCAGUUCCACAAGCAACACCUCGGCAGCGGUCUGAUAAUUGCUUGCCCCGGGGCCAGGCCAGAGCAUGCAGUGGCGUGGGACAAAGAUUCAACUCGACUGUACCGCACCAGCUUCCUCACUGGGGUCAACAAAAGCAUGCGGGUCUUCAUUGACCAUGGCAACCACCUGCACAUUCGAUUUACCCAGCUGGACGACAGGGGCACUUACUACUGCUGGCGUGAGGGGCAAAUGGUUGCUGGCUUCCGGCUCUCCGUGCGGUUCCAAGGUGACCGUAAGCGAACCCUCGAUGACCCUGAGACGAGAUAUGCCAUCAAGGCCAUCCUCACAAGCUAUGUCCUCAUCACCAUGGUGUUCGUCGGCAUCCACAUCAGCCGCUGCUGCUAUUAUGCGUUCAGAUGCACUCUCUUGGGGUAGCCUCGCUGACGAGCGCUGCCUGCAGGCCAGGGAAAUUAUUUCUCUUGUUUGUUCGUGAUUAUGUCUUGGAACAUUUUCGCUUGGGCUAUUGGGAAUUUUUCUAAUGCACGUUAGCAAUAAAUACAAGCAAAAUGCUA